AUGAGGCGACUGCAAUUGUUAGGGAAAUCAAAGAAUUUCCUAAAGAGUUCAAACAAAUAUAAAGAUUUAAGUCAAACAGAAGUCUUAGAGAGAGAGAAACCAUGUAACAACAGUAAUGUUACAACUAAUAAUAAUAAUUCAGAUUUAAAAUCAAUUUAUGGAUCUGGUCUUUUGAAUUUGCCUAAAAAGAUUUUACUCAUGAUCUUAGAAGAUUUAGAUAAUGAAACACUGACAAAAUUAUGUUUAGUGAAUUCAUUCCUUUAUCAAAUUAUUACAGAUAAUUUCAUUUAUAAAGUGGUUAAAUUAGAAUCUAAAUUAUCUCUUUUAAAAUUUAACGCUUUAAUACAUUCUGAAUUUCAUACAACAUCUUCUAUUACAAGUGGGUCUCAAAAUGCAAGAUUCCUUACACAGACUAUUGAAUUUAUUAAUCCUCAAUGCCAGGAUUCUCUAUUAAAAUAUAGUAAAUAUCAUAACAAAAAUGGUGCAGAUCAUUCAAUUAUAGGAGGAUCAUAUUCAUAUACAGCUAAUCCAAUUGCUUCAUCUCCAAAAGUUAGAUCUUCAAAUACAGACAAUAAAAAAACUUUGAUAAAUAACAACGAUACAAUAAAAUUUAAUCAUGAGCAAUCGAAUAAUCACUCCUCAUUUUUAUCUAAUGAUUGUACAAAAUUAAAUAAAAAAACUUUAGAAUUCUUAGAAACAUUGAAUAAAUUAGAGUACAAAUAUUCUCAUUAUACAUAUAUUGAGUUGAUGUUAGAUAUAAUAGAUUAUUUACCAAAUUUAUCCCAUAUUAUAUUAAGUAAAGUCGAACCAAAUUUCAAAAUCCCAUUGUGGUAUUCAGCAUUUAAUGAUGGUUCAAAAGAUUUCUUUAGGAAAAUUAUUAAAGGGCAACAGUCUUUGAACAAUAACGAUUUAAGAUCUUUCCAAGUAUCUCCUGAUUUCUUGAAUGAUUAUGAAAGAAAAUUUUAUUCUUUGCAAAGAUUUAAAACUUUAGAGAUUCAAGCCAUAUCUGAUCCAACGAAGAAAGGUGUUCCAAUUGUCCCAUUGAGGUUUAAUAUGCUAUGCUGUUUUGGUAUUAUUAAUGAAUUAAUAUUGGAUAAUGUAAUAAUUGAUACUGAAUCCUUAGAUACCCCCAUGGAAUUUCUCCCGUUAUAUAUUAGAAAAGAACAAAAAUCAUCUUCACAGAAAGACAUUUAUGAUUUACAUUCUACUUAUAAUACCCUCACGUUAAGACAAUGUCACAUAGUACCUGGGAAUGGUAUAUUAAGAUUGUUCCAUAGUUACUUCCAAGGGGUUACAAAUGUGCGUUUAUUAUGUCUUACAAGUAAAUUUGAUCUUUUACUUUGUAAUUGUUUUCCAGCAUUAAAAGAUUUAACAAUAGAUUGUAAUAGUCGAUCUUUCACACAUACAUCUUUGGUAAAUGACGAAUAUUACUACAAAGAAAUUAAUGAACAGCAACCCUUUGAUGAGGACGAUACAGCCUCUGUUGCCGAAACUUUGUUAGAUAAACCAGUUCAACAUAUUUUACAAGUUCCGCCACCUACUACUGCAGUAGUGUUAUCAUUGAACCUAAACUAUAUUUCAAGGACAACUAUUGAUAAAAGUUCAGCGAUGUCAGCAAAGGAACCCUCAAUGAUCACACAUUCUCAAAGUGAUUUUUUCCAUAUGACAAGAGUUCCCAGCUUCCAUUAUUGUUACCAUUAUUAUAAAAAAUUGUUUGAAAGAAUUCCUUCACGAAAUGUAAAUAUUAAUGUCAUCAAUAUUCCUUUCACUAAUGUUUUCCCUCUAUCACCAUUGAGUUAUUGGGAAAAAAUAUUAAACAAAAUUCUUUCUAAUGAUCAAGAAACAUUGAUUGCUUAUCAUCAAAACGAAGGGCAUGAAAAUGAGUCACAAAAUACCGAUAAUGAUGCAGCGCCAAGUAGAAGUUAUCAAUGGGAUGAAUCUGUCUUAAAUUGUUUAAAGGAAUGUCUGGUACAACUGAAGAAAAAACCAGAACAUAAGAAUCUCGAUAUUGAAGCCUUUAUAAGCAAUUUGGACAUUGACAACAUCUUUGAUAAUUUUCAGAACUAUCAAAAUUUUAUGGACAUUCCGAAUGUAAACUUAUAUUGUUUUCUAAAACAAUUAUCGAAGUUUAAGUCAGUAAAGAUACAAUUGCUGCGUAAAUGGCUUUUCUGCACUCCAAGAACGAGAUAUGACUGGGAGUUAUUAUUGAAACCUGUAUUAAAUGUCAGGGUACCCAUUGAAGUGAGGGAAAGAGACGGCUAUAUCCUGUACUCGUAUGGUUUGUCAACUGUUGGACAGAAGAAAAAUAACUCUAAUAUUGUAACACCAUCACGUAUAUAA